AUGAGCUCAAAGGACAAAGAAAAAUGGGACGCAGUGAUCAAGAAAGUAUUGUUUGAAAUUCGUGAUCACGUCAAGCUCACACAUGAAGGUCGUUUUGGUUUGGAGCCACAGUUCAAGCAUCCAUUUAUUGUGAUGAACAAGAACAACAAAUAUGGUACAUAUCAGCUCAAAACCAUGGAAGGAAAACCUCUUGCGUCAUGGGUUCACGUUGAUCAGUUAUACAAGACAAAUGGUGAUGCCCCUAAUGACACUUGGUACAAUCCAACCACCUCUUGCUCAGCCUGGUGUGCUGCCAUGAGACUCCUUGACACCGAAAUUCUGAAUGAUGCAGUUGAUUCUGUGGCUUCACCUGAUGAUGUUGGUGCUUGUGGACGAUCACAAAGCCAGGAGGGGGGUAAUGUCAGAGUUGACAUUGGUAACCAAAAUCGGGAUUUACAAGCAAGCAUGGUAUUGAUUCUGCGACUUAGUUACAAGUGCCAGAAAAGAAAUACCAGAUCGAGACUUGACAACUUGACAACCAAUUUUGUUCAGCAAUGUGUUGUUCCUGAUCUGGGUUGGUCUUCCUUUUACUAUAACAAAGUCAAAAGAAAUAGUCAUUAUACUGCGGUUAAUGCUCAGGAAGAUAUUACUGCGCAUAAAGAAGUACUGCGGUUAACUAUCUUCAGAUUUUACAGAUUCAUCAAAAUAAUGUCUGACAAAGAGACAAAAAGUGAUGCGCGGACCGGGAAUCGAACCCGGGCCCUUCGCGUGGCAGGCGAAGAUUAUACCACUUAA